UGCGAAGAGCUCGACAUGUCAUUCAGAGGAAUCCGCCACCUGAAACGCGAGGAAGUGAAGGCGACUCAAUUGGGUAUAAAGCAUCAGCCAACAUCUGCCCCGAGCAGUGCAAAGCUGAUGAAAACAUCAGCGCGGAGCUCGUACAGGACCUCUCCGAUUUAUUUGAUUUCCUUUGGAUUUAUCAUUUGGCAUUACCGAGUCGGUGCACCCUGGGAGACGCAUCUCUUUUCUGCACUUAAAGUGAAUGUGGCUUUGCAGCCAACAACACUAUACUGGAAUUAACUGACAUCCACACAGACAUUGGCGCACCUGUUACCUCCACGGAGCGCAAGAUCAUGAUCCCUCCGGGAGACUGCAUGUAUGCGGGCAGAAAGCGGAGGAAGCCCAUCCAAAAACAGAAGCCGUCCGCUGCCAAUGAGAAAACCAACCCGUCCAAGCGGCACCGGGACAGGCUGAACGCUGAGCUGGACCGGCUGGCCAGCCUGCUGCCGUUCCCCCCGGAUGUCAUCUCCAAGCUGGACAAGCUGUCCGUGCUGCGCCUUGCAGUUUCCUACCUCCGUGUCAAAAGCUUCUUCCAAGGUAGAGAAGCAAGCCAAGAUAAGAGCUCCAGGAAGCAUAUCAUCGGCACAGCAUCCACUAACCCUGAACCCAGGAAAGAGAGUCUUCCACUGGGCAACACUGUCAAUGAAAGCAGCCUCCUCCUGGAAUCUCUGACAGGCUUUGCCUUGGUGGUGAGCAGUGAUGGGAUGGUCUUUUAUGCCUCCUCGACCAUUGUGGAUUAUCUGGGAUUUCAUCAGACUGACGUGAUGCACCAGAAUGUGUUUGACUACAUCCACAUAGACGACCGUCAGGAGUUCAGACGCCAGCUCCACUGGGCCAUGUGUCCUCCACAGCACCAGGGAACAUCUGCCCACCAGGAUAACCAGUUACCUGCAGGGACUGGUGAGGACUUUGUAGUCAGCAGCCAGUUUCACUCUCUGGAGGCAGGGGGAAUUCCUCCUGAGCUCUCCUGCUUUCUUAACAGAUGUUUCAUAGCCAGAGUCCGAUGCCUCUUGGACAGCACCUCUGGAUUCUUGACUAUGCAGUUCCAGGGUCGACUGAAGUUCCUCCAUGGGCAGAAGAAGAAGUCAGCCUCUGGGGCUCUGCUGCCUCCCCAGCUGGCACUGUUCUGUGUAGCUGUACCCCUCCUACUGCCCUCCAUCACUGAGAUGAAAAUGAAGAACAUGCUAAUGCGGGGAAAGAACAAGGGAGGAGCAGGAGGAGGAGGGAUUAUCUCUGCACUGGAGCAUGGUGAGCGAGGGGAGCACCUUCGGAGGCACUCCUUCAGUGGGGGAAUGGGUGACAUAGCAGACCCUCUCCUCCUCUCAUGUCCCACUCCUGGUGGUACCCAGCGAGGUCACCACACUCCCUGGACCCCGCUCUCCAAAGAUAACCUCAAGUACCGCCCUGAUGGAUACUACAACCAGGAGGAGCCCCUAAACUACUGUAAGUCCUCCAUGGCUUCCCAUAAAGGCCUCAGUCCAGGCCUGGGUGGCGGCUGGCCCCUGCGGCCAAACUCAGGUCCCCUCAGAGCGGGCCAGGGUAUGGGCUACAUCCCCUCUAACCGCGUGAACAAGGCCGGUCAGUACGGGAAGCCAUACCGCCUUUCCCCAAACUACCACAGCAGCAGAGGUGGCGAGGUGUUUGUGUCUAAGCUCUAUGGGAAUGUCCAGAUUCCAACAGACCCGGAUGCGUACUGCGUGGACCUGGUGAAGAGCGAGAACGGCUAUGGAGAAUGCUAUGAUGGCCAUCUAAUGCCCGAGAUGCCCCCCAUCAAGGUAGAGCAUGACUCAGACUCUGAAAACGGCUGCGAUGCCUAUGGGCGACCCUGGGCUUGCCGCGACCCAGAAGCCAUCGACCGUCGCUAUGGUAAUGGGAUAUACGACCAAAGCUCCAGCCUGCAGCUGAAAUCAGAAGCAGAUUAUUAUGAUCCGCAGUACUCGCCCUGUCAGCGAGGGAAAGCAGGCAUCAGCCCACCGUACAACAACGGCAACUAUCACAACUAUGCAGUCAACAACAGCGGGAAUACGGCCGCACGUCUGUUAAAGUGCGACAAAGACAUGGGAAAUAACAAUGACAACAACCAGUUCAGUCCUCAGAGACUCUCCCAUUCAGAAUCUCUAUGCAGCAACCAAUCCGUCAACCUCAUGGACUCACAGGUCUACCCACAGGACCCUCACAAGGCCUACAUGCAGCCGGAUUACAACAAGCAUGGCACUUAUGAGUUCAAAGGUCAUGGCCUGAUCCAUUCAAUCAAACGGGAGCCCAUGGACUCCCCACCGUGGUCUGAGAGCGGUCAUGACAUAAACCAGUCCAUGAUGGUUGGGCCAAGGAACGUUAUGCCAUGUGUGAUGAGCACAGGCCACCACAAGUCCAGUCCUUACAUUUAUAUGCAGUAAGAGUGAUUGGAGUGUUACCCACCCACCCACACACACACACACGAACAACACACACAUAAACAAUCAGUGUGCAUUACAGUGCUUUGUGUUAUUAUUGUUCUCAUACACAUACACCAGCAUAACAAAAGGACUGUCUUUGAUUAUGAUGAUUCCCAGGAUGUCAAGCACCUCUUCAACUUGACGGAGAGGUAACAAAAAGGCUCAGGUUCUAGUGUUAGUGUUGUGACAAUCAGAAAUACAAUUUUUAAUCCAGUUUAUGGAUAGAUGAUUUUUGUUUUUAAAGAAUACAUUUUGUAGUUGUUUCCAAGCACUUUUGGAUUUAGUGACAAUGAGACAAAUUAUGUCUAGAAACACCAUUUCAUUUCAUUCUUUGUGUUGUGCACACCUGGCUUUUGUGGGUGGAACAAAGAUAUUGCUGUAAAAAAACAACUUUUUUUUUUAGAUGAUUUAACACCUGUUACUGGGCUUAUUCAAAGGAGAAGGCUGAUUAUGAGAACACACUUAGACAUCAGUGAUAAGUUACAGCUUAAUCUGCCUUGAAGAUUUCAAGGAGCCUUUUGGUGGUUUUGCAUGUUUUAGUGCUUCAACUAUAAAUCGCCUACUUUAUUCAUUACCGCCUCCAGUGAUGUAUGAAUGGAAAUUACCAGUUUCUAUGCAUUUUAGUAACCCUUGUUAUUCAAUCAACAUGCAAAUACUUGAAACUUACUUGAAAUCCACUGCAGUAAAAAAUUGUUUGGUCAAAGUUUUAAUGCAGGACACAACUAAAUUCACAUUUUUUACAACAUUUUUUGUGGUCUGAAUUAGACUUUCAAAGAGCAAAGCUUACAAUGUAAUGCUUUUUUCCGAGCAUCCUUGAAUACACCAUUAAUUACUACUUGCUACAGAAUCCAAUCCAAACUUUACAGUAAUGUAAAGUAUAUGCAAUUUGUAGUUAAUGGACCAAAACAUGUAAAACUAUCAGUAUGGCAAAAGCUUUAAGUAUAUUCACUACGUUUGUUUAUUCAAUUAGAAACAGCCUGAUUACACACAUAAGGGCAGCAGGGGGGGCACAGUAAGUGGGGAAACAAACCCUCAACCACAAACCUGUGGCUCACGCAUGUGUCCCACUGAAGCACUGCUGAGCAAGGCACUGAAUAAUAACAAGUCCUACAGGUACCGCUCUGUACUUGCUCCUCAGCUCUGACCUCCUUGUAGAAAAUAGAAAUAAAGUGAAAUUUAGAGUGCACAGUAAAAAAAAAAAGCAUAAGGAUGACGAAGGCAAAACUGAUUUAAAAGUAACAUUUAACCGCAUUGAAUUGACAUGAAAAGCGAACAACUCAAUUUAAAUCACACUAGAAUUGAACCUUUAAAUUGCAGGACCUAAGAAAAAUGUUAAAUGAUUAAUAUAUUCAUUAUCAGCUGAAGGUUUGUCUGGACAAGUGUUCGACCGAAUUGAAGGAAAAGAGUGUGUUGUUAAAAGGUUCGAUUUUGAUGUGCACAAAACUUUCAUCAUUUUCAAACUCUGGUUGAAUGUACAAAUAAUAUAAAUUUAUGUCAUUGUAUGUCAAAGCUGAUGUUGUACAGUUUGGAUCAGACAUUCAGCUCAGUACAGCCUGCCUCACUGCCGGCGUGACACCUUUCCUUUGAGAUAAAUAUACACUUUCAUGUUUCAUGUCUUUUCAGUCGCAAAACAUCAGACAAUGUCUUCACAGUGUUUUUGCACAAAUUAAUUAAAAGCACCAAAUUGAUUCAAUGUCAGAGUCUCGGUUCUGUGACGCUACUGUAGUAGUUCCCAAAUUGCACUACUGGGAGUAGUUCAGUUGAAGUUCAGCCUACCCAGACAGGUUUUUGAGUCGACACGCACAACUGUACAUGGUGUCACUGUUUUGAAUUUGUCUUUUUCUCUUUGUGUGUGUUCAUUUCAAUAAAUGUUUGAUGAUUCGUAUUUAUUGUAAGAGGCAAAUGUGUAUAAUUUAAAAAUUGCAGUUUUGAAGGCUUUUCUGUUUCACUAAGGUAAAUAAAUAUGGCUUUUUUUUCUUGCUCUCUUUUUGAUAAUUGUUAAAAAAAAGACUGUCAUACUUGUCUCAUGGAGGCGGUAGCUGCAAGGUAGCGAACACAGUGUACAUAUGCAGUGUCUUCCAGUGUUUCUACGUGUUUUUGCAAAUGGGACUUAUCUAUUAAAAGACCUUUCUUCAUAUGGAAAAUCUGAGUGAAGUGUUCUUCUUUUGAUUCUUUUCUCUUAAACAAGUCGAGUAACAUAUGAGCAUG